AAAGUUUAUUGUGGUUGUGUUAAAAAAACAAUAACUUGGUUGCAAUAAGAAACAGUUUUUUGCAUGCUGCAUGUUUUUUGCAAGCUGAAUUAAAGAAAAAUAUUAUGAAGCCUUAUGUCCUUGGAGUCGACAAGCAACCAUGCUAUCUCAUCCCACGAUUUAUCAGCAAAUCGGCCCGGUCGCUAUGAUGGAUCAAUCACAUUGCACGAGCUGAUGCAAAUGACCCCGCUCUCUCCCAAGAACUGUUUCAAGACGAACAUGGCGGCAAUUUAACAUUUGGCCAAAAUGACUGUGGAUAAUUUGGCGGGAAAAGAUCCCACUUUGUCCGGCCACGGAGGCGAAAUUCGGUGCGUUGAAACAAGAAGCGUUCGCGCUUUUCACCAGAAAUCCCGGAAUCAGAGGGAACGGCCAGACGGUGGCUUUUCCGUAUUUUAGCUGCUCUGCGCAAAAGGGUAUAGCGGAACCCAUGCUAGACGAGGAGGGAGAGACAUGUUGUUACAGAUAGCUGAGUUUUUCUCUGGAGAAGCAAGGAGAGAGGGGAUUCGAUAAUGAAAGCAGUAAUCCCCCUGAAGGCACCAACGGAUUGGUAAUUGCAGAAUCGCGGAGGUGAGACACAGCUGGUCGUUAGGCAUCGUUUAGUGGGCAAAACUCAAGGCAGACUCUUGUCAAUGACUAUUGUGGCAGAAAAGCCCCCACGGUGGAGUCAGCCAGCGCCGCACUUCCCCAAAAUAUGACCAGCGGUGCUCGGAAGUGUCGGCAGCGAGAUGACGGUUUAAAAAUUUGGUCUGUUCCCCGCGAGAACGAGAAGCCGUUUACCGACUCCGAGAGGGCCCAGCGAUGGCGAUUGUCCUUAGCGUCUCUCUUAUUUCUCACCGUUCUGCUUUCUGAUCAUCUGUGGUUCUGCGCCGAGGCCAAACUCACAAGGACACGAGACAAGUUAGCAUCAACGGACACGAGCGCAAACCACAGAACCGACCUCCCUUCAGCACACAGCAUCCUCAGAAGCAACGAAGAUGCUAUUUUUAUAGUCAGUUCUACCGUAGCUUUGUGGCAACUAGAAACUUGUCACCAGGAUAUUUUGUCUAAAAACUGCUUCACUUUUGUCGACGCCGACCACCUGUGCAGGGGCCUUUCGGAAACGGAGGGGACGCGUUGGAUGAACAUAAGAGAUUUGUACCUUUCCUUUUGUAACUCGUACUCUCUUAUGGAUUUGCUUUAUGGCUCAUUAAGUCCGGACAAUUUGAACUGCAGCCUUGACGCGAUCAUGCACGGCGACCUAAACAGAUGCAGUCUGUGCGUUCAGGCGUACCAGCGUUAUGACCUGCACGCUCAGGAGAAAUUCGAAGAAUUUGAGAUGAUGGCAGACAAAUACGAGACGGAUGUAUACUCAGUAAGGACGUGCAUGGAAGAAUGCAAGACUGUCUACAAGCCUUGGCUCUGUGCUCAGUAUUUCCAGAGCCCUCAGUCAGGAUGCAGUCAUAAGAUUCCUUGUAAGCAGUACUGUUUAGAAGUCCAACAGAGGUGCCCCUUCAUUUUGCCUGACAAUGACGACCUUAUACAUGGUGGCACUCCAAGUUUUAUAUGUGCAGGGCUUUCACAGAAUGCAGACAUCAACCAGGAGCCAGAGUGCUGUGAUGUACGGUGGAACCUGAAGUCCAUCAACCGCUCUCGCAGCACAUUAAAAAGAACUCACUCUUCCUGCCAUCACACAUCCGUGACCUCCACGGGUGCUCCACGGCUUGGGCAGGGCCGGCUGAAGCUUUGCUUGCUGGUCCUAGUUUUUCUUCACACUGUGGCUACCAUUACGGCCAAUCAAAACUCCACCUGCCUGACUGCCAUAUUUCCACUGGAUGACAAUCCCCCCAGGGAAGAGUGAUUGGACAAGGUUGGGCUAACUCUAGCGAAUCCAAAUGCUCCAACACACCUCGUACAUCAGUAAAGAAGUCCCUCACUUAAAGAGACACUGAGUGUACCGGGUCUCAACCAGAGAACACUUAACCACACUUGCCAUCAACACCUUGUUGGGUUUGGAUAAAACAGAGAACAGAACACAGGAAUAGUAGAGGACAAAAGAUGAGAUUAAUAUGAAGAGUCAGAUCAUGCCCCCACAGAGACUUCUCACUCUCUUCUUAAACACACACACAUACACACACAAGAUUUAAUUUCACUUUGCACUAGGAGAUUAACAGAUUUUUUUUAUUUAUUUUAGUUUCAGCUGUUAUUUUCACUUCAAGAAGGGUUUGACUUCUGUUCAGUGAUUUCAGAGCACCCUGGAAUGGAACUUGGAUGUCAGUGUUUCUGCCAAACUCAAUCUUUAUACUGUAUGUUGUGUGUUGUUCUUUUGCGUAUUUUGAGAAUGAGCAUCACAUCAUAAAACCCAUCAACCACUACUACAGCAUUAGGACAGGCUACAGAUAGCACAUUCACUUGUCCGCUCACAAGUCACUUCCUUUCUUUUCUCUAUUACUCUUUCAAAUGUAUACAUUGUUUUUUGACCUGAUGCUCAGAAUAAAUUAUAAAAUAAUAAAAAGGGGUAAAAAAGACAGUGAUGAAAAAUAGAUAUAAUCAGAUGUUAGCAGAGCCACAAAAUAUAUUACAAAAACCAGCACUUUUGGUGAAACAGGGCAGUUGACAUCUCAUCUAAACAGGUCUGCUUAAAUGUUUGUUUUUAUUCUUCACCUUCAGACAUAAUUAGCAGUGCUGUGUAGAUUACUUCUGAAUUGUAAUCUGGUUUAAAUUGUAGCCAGUAAAGUAAUCUAUUUGAUUACAUAUUGAAAGUAAUCUAAUCUGAUUUCCUUUAGAUUAUUUUUGGAUUAAUUCAUGUUUAUUUGAUUUCAUAUGCAUUUGAGUAGGAUAAGCUUGUACCAAUUUGCCAAUGUUGCUUAAAUGAAUUAAAGAAAACGUACUUAAUGGAUCAAAAUACGAUAAUUUUUACUCACUAUUUGUCAGUUUCUGAGGUAAAUAAAAAAGGCACUUAUUCUUACACCGUCAAUUUUGACGUUACAAAUGCCAUCCAUGUGUGGUAACAGAUCAGACCAGUUAUAUUUGUAAAAAAAAAAAACGGUUUAAAAGUUGUCACAAAAGCAAAAGCACAUUCAUGUGCAUAUUUAAAGCUAAGUACAAAAGCAAUUUGCAAAACUAAAACUAACUGUACCGCACUAAUGCAAUCAGUUCGGUAUAUCAACUGUAGGCUAAUAUAGAAUUAAAAAAAAAAAGAAGAUGAAUUGAAGUGAACAAUAAAUUAUUAACAAUUUACUGCCUUUGCCUGAUUAAUAUGUAAUGAUGUAAUCCAUAAAACGUAACUGUAAUCUGAUUAUGAGUAUUUUAAAAUGUAAUUUAAUCAAAUUACAAGUACUUGAUUUUUUUAAUCUGAUUAUGUAAUAAUCUGUUACUAUCCAGCACUGAUUACCAGCUUGCAUUUAUAUAGAAACCGAAGAUUAUAAAAUUUUUCUACAAUAGGUUUUGGAAAUGCUGACUAAAAUACAAAUGUCGAUGUUUAAUGCAAUUUUCUGUUUCCAAAGUCUCGGCUACAAAUUCAUGCAAACCUGUAAUAACAUAUCCAGGUGAUUUGCAUCCUCCAUUAUGGCAGAGGUGAAAGUUGAAAGAGUGUGGUUAGUGGUAACGCCUACAGAGAUCUUAUGCCUUCAUCUAUAUCACUAUAUAAUUUACAUGACUUAGUCAUGAUGUAGAGAGAGACUACAUCUAGACUGAGACUCCCAUUUAAAUAUACACAGGUCAGCAUAAUCAAAACAACAGGGUUUUGGCACAACCCUGUAAAGAUGGAGGAUGAUAAAUAUUAUCAUAUAUUCUACAUUUUAUUGAUAUAUAUACAUUUUAUUUUGCACUUUAUUCAUUUAAAAAUGUGCUAAAACCCGCCUCAACCUUUCUAUAAACUACAUCUUAAAUGUUAUGUGAAAGCAUAAUUUUUUCAGUAUAUGGUCCCUACACCAUCCAUAGCAGUUCAGCAGUCUUUAUAACUUCAUUCACUGAGUGCAUAUAAAUUAUGCCAUGCAUUUUAAUAUGUAGAUGAAACUAGUUUAUCUUCUGCAGUUCACAUGCAAAUGGAACUGAAAAAGCUAAACUGUGUGUGCUGUUCAAUCAUUAUCUAACACAAUUAUAGUCAUUUUACCAUAAUUUCCCUGUCAAAAACAAAAAACAAAAAAACUAUCUAUUGUGUAAAGGCCUUAGCAAAUAGUUGUGUGUGGAGAAGGAGUUAAGGGCUUACUCUACAUUUCUCCUUCUGUGUGGUUGUUGUCUUCUGUGUUUGCGUGUAAUGGCUAAUAGGAACUUAUGUGCUGUUUUGCCUUCAUCAAGACAUUCUUUUCUGACAACCGUUGUAAACUCCUGUACACCCAAAAUAGUCAUUUGGUCAUUAUUUUCGUGUGUGUUUACAGAGUAAAUUCACCAGUUUUAAUUUAAUUCCUGUAAAGUUCAAUCAGAGUUACUUGACUGCAGAGACAUGCACAGUGACUUAAGUCCAACCCCUUUGACUGCAUUGCCCAAGUGCUCUUUUUUGGAUAAUUCUUUCUUUGGGAAACUACAAAUAAAUAACUAUUGAGAUUCUCUUUAUAGUUAUUAUUUUAUUAUUAUAUUUUAAUUUUAGUUAACAUUAGUUAACAACAUAAGGUAACAUGAAUUAAACAAUCAACAGUACUUUAACAGCAUUUAUUUUAAAUUAAUGUUAAUUUCAACAUAUAGUAAAUACAUUUUUAAAAUCAAAAGUUUUAUAUGUUAACAUUAUUAAUGCAGUAUGAACGAACAAUGAACAAUUGUAUUUUUAUUAACUAACAUUAACAAAGAUUAAUAAAUGCUGUUAAAAAAUGUAUUGUUUAUAGUUAGUUCAUGAUACCUAAUGCAUUUACUAAUGUUAACGAAUGGAACCGUUUUGUAAAGUGUUACCAAUGACACUAAUAUUUACAAGUUUGCAUAUUCAUUUAAUCCUUGACUUAUUAAACGCCGGACGAAUUGUCACGUUGGUGAGGUAAGAAGCUGUUUAUUUACUCUUGCUUCAUGAUUGACAGGAUUAGAUGAACUAGCUCCUCCCGAACCCUUAUUUAGAACUCAAUUAAUUAUAAAAUAAUGCUUUACAUUUUUAGUAGUGUAUAAUGAGCAAUUUCAAGAGAUAUUAGUAAACAAUAGGCCUAAGUAAAGAGAAUAUUUAAUAAAACAGGAAAAUAAAAAUUAUGCCUAUGAAGUCACAUACAGAUUAAUAUUACGGACACGGACACUAGCGGACACUGUUUUGUGUCCAGGAUACUUUAUGUAAUCUUGGCCCGGAAAGUGCCUAUUUCCUUUUUUGAGUCACUGUCCACCACUGUAUGUCUCUACAUAAGAGUAAAUUUAACUGUGUAGGUGAUGAUUUAAUGUUCUUGGUUUUACUCUAUACCUUCUCUGUCAGUCUUACUAAAUUGUACCUGUAUCUGUACCAAGUGUUCUUGAAUCUGGGCUUUAUCCACUGUUUUCACCUUCAAAUUAUGUAAAAUGUUUACUUAAAAAAUAUCAAAUUUUCCCUAUCAAUUUUAUUCUUAAUUUAUGUUAAGUUGUAAUGAUAAUUUUAUGGAGAUAUUAUUUUUUCACCCAGUGUAAUAGACAUAUGGCAAGCAUACAAAGAAUAGCAUAUCAAAGUCUUGCAUAACUAAGGUUUUUCUUUUUUUUUUACUGCAUCGUGAAGCAAACAUGAGCACAAUUGACUCCAAAGGCUUAAAUAGACUUUCCCAGUAUAAUAUUAAUGUCUGUCACUCUAUGUGGAGGCAACACUAACUCCUAAAUUAUCAUUAUUACUAUAAAUGAUAGAUAGUUAUCAUUAUAUAUCUAAGUGAAGAUAACAGGCAGGGAAUUAUCACAGAUUACUAGGAGAAAAUAAAAUGUAUGAAUGUAAACAGUCCAUCUUGGAAGAGCUGCAUAGAACAUAUUGUAGUUCAUCUGAUGCUCUCCAGCAUCUCUAUUAAUUACCAACCUGUUUCAUGCUGAUUUCAAGAUCAGAGAUUUAUUUUUUUAGUUAUCCAAAAUGUAUUCUAUAUCACUAUAUCUCCAUUGUAAUAUCAAAGACCACUUAUAUAAUCUAAACUUGAACCUGGCAUAUAAAAUCCAAAUAGCUCUUCUUUGUAACAACUGGUUCUCCUGGAUCUUUUGAUCUGUCUGAUUCCACAGUGUCAUUUCUCACAUGCCCCAUCUUCAACCCAUCUAUGUCUUAAUCCUAUUUUCCCUCUGUUCUUCUGAUGUAGACUGUAAUAAUUACUUGAAUGUAGCCUGUCCUCUUUGAUGUCUCUCUGUGAUUUUGUUUAGUUUAUGUUGUUCUGCCUCUUUUGUUUUUUUUAUGCCUUAAAGAUUUACAUUACUGUUUAACCCUUGUCAAAAGAAGUGUGAUUUAUGUAGUUGAAUGCUGCCCUGCUCUGUAAAGGGUGAAACUGAAGCCUGCAGUUUAUAGAGUUUUAAUGCUGGCAAAGAAACAGACAGACAUAUUUAGAAAUUACAGUUAUUGUCAUACAAUAGAUGCUUUAGUUCAGCAAUUCUCUUUGAUUUUUUUUUUUUUUUUUUUUUUUUUUUUUUACAGAAAGACUUUAAUUAAUAUUUAUAAAUCAGUCUCACUGGUCAUGACCUUUUUUAGAUGAA